AUGCACUCCCUCCCCCUUCCCACCCGCCCAUGCCCCCACCCCUCCAAAAGGGGCUUGCAAUCCCACCCGCCCAUCUCUGAGGGGCAGAGGGGCAUGCAGUACAACCUGCCCAAAAAAGGGUGGGUUGCCUGCACGCCUGGUCUGGAGAGCCAGGAGGAAUCCCUCCCGGCUAUCAAGACUGUGCAAGUCUCAAUGGCCGGGAGGAAUUCCAUCCGGUCUUCAAGACUGUACAAGUCUCGAAGACCAGGAGAAUCCCUCCCGGACAUCGAGAAUGUACAAGUCUCAAUGGCUGGGAGGAACCCCUCCCAGCUAUCAAGACUAGUGGGAGGAAUCCCUCCCAGCCAUCAAGACUGUAAAAGUCUUGAUGGAUGGGAGGGAUUCCUCCCGGCCAUCAAGACUUGUACAGGUCUCAAAGUCCGGGAGGAAAGAGUCAUUGGCGCGCUGACGUAA